ACUCUCUCAGUUCCCGUAAUUCUUGGUAUUAUCAACAACCCGAGACGAUUCAUAACAAGAUGCCCAUUAAACAACAAAUUCAACUGUCAGCGACCCUGAAUGCAAUGCAAACAGAGAUGGACUUUCUUGACUCCUCCUUCUUCACCAAAGCAGGCCAUAAGAGCUUGCCAACUGCUGCAGAGGUUGGCUCCCUCUCAGAACAGUUCAACAAACAUCCACGGCCCGCACCAGUUAAAUUUGAGCAUCUAAAUCUUCUUGUCAAGUUUGGGCCGUCUGUGGCAGUUGAAGAAGCCCUAACUCUCCGCAUGCUUCGAAUGUCUUUCACUGAGAAGAUACCUGUCCCGGAGGUGUAUGGUUGGAGAGUUUAUCAAAACUCUGUGUUCAUUUAUAUGGAGCUUAUUCAGGGAGACACGCUCCAUGAUCGAUGGGAUUCUCUCAAUGAGCUGGAUAGGAACUUUAUUUGCGGCCAGUUACGGGAGAUUAUUUCUUCCCUUCGGCAAAUUGAGCCAGAUCCUUGCGACUCAUUUAUUGGAUCCAUCAACCGCGCAUGUUUGCACGAUUAUGUCUUUGCAACCAUCCCUCAAUCAGGCCCUUUUAAAAAUGUGAAAGCAUUCAAUGACUGGUUUUCUUCUCUGCCUCAAAGCUGGCUUCCUGAUUCAAAGAGAUAUCGGGAUCCUUAUCAAGACUAUCUACCAGACAAUGGGGCCAUCAGGUUGACUCAUGGAGACUUGCAUCGGGGCAAUAUUCUAAUUUCACCAGCUGGUCACCCACGUGUCCUUGCUGUAGUUGAUUGGGCUCAUGCUGGUUGGUACCCGGAAUACUGGGAGUAUUGCAAGGCCUUAUACACAUCAGACUAUAAGGGGGAAUGGCGCAAUGUUUGGAUUCCCAAAUUCUUAACUGCGUACGAGCCUGAGUUUGCUGCUUUUGGUGAAUAUGUGCUGCAGAUUGGAGCAGUGUAAGUAUUGAUGUUGUACUUAGCCUUCUAAAUUACAUUUGUCAUGAUCAUUUACCGAGCUUUUCUUUCCAAUAUCCUUCAUAAGCUAUGUACUCGAGUGUGCUUCACCCUGUACUGAUGAUUGACCAGAGAAACAAUUGCUAAAUGCCAGAAAUCAAAAUGAAAAAUGGGAUUUACUAAUAAGGGCCUCGUUGACCAGUUGAAACUCCGCAGUAGCUCAUAUCAGAAAACAAAAAUAAGCAACAUGAUUCAAAUUCAAACAGGGCCAGCCCAGUAUCACAAUCAACAGUAACAAUUAUGGCAUUUCAUUUCACAUUCAAUUAUGCGCAAAUUCUGAGUUCACUGACCCCUGCCUCGACCACGCCCGCCGCCAACCGGGUUCAAGCCAACACCGUGAUUUGGAGGAUCGCGUGCAGACUGAACAAUCUGGAUCGCAUUUUCAUUGAGAUAUUGAUGAUGGACUAGAUGGUGUACAUAGUCCAUUGUCCAUUCUUGGCACCUUCUGUUGGUGGUCUAGAUUUCUUUGGUGUAAGCAAUCGUGCCUAUGUAAACAAAAUCCGAGAGCAACUUACAUCAUUGACAGGAGCCAGGAAGUUUUGGCUAAUUGCUGAUGGAGGAAUCUGCGUCGCUGCAACUUCAAUUGCACACUUGGGGGAGGAGUCUGUGACCAGCGGGGCCUGAGGAUCCGAAUCUGGAACAAUGUGUUGAGAGUUGAUUUGCCUGAUCGCAAGUCUGGUAUAUAGCUGCAGGGUUAAGUUGAUCGCAUAGUUCCGCUUAAACUCCAGCCGGUAGCCGGCCAUCGGGGCGCCAACAAUGUGGAUCAUGGUUCCGCGAUCCUGAUCGGAAGCAGUAGGUACAAAAAUCGCAAAAUGGGCACGUUGGCUUGCCGUGUUGCGGUACGCGAUAAGAGAAACGUUUCAAGGGGCCAUUCUGAAUGAAAACGAACUAGCAAUUAGACAACUAGAGUUGUCGAGAAGGCGCGUGAGUUAAAGGCAGUGGAGGUAGAUAUAGCAAAGGACAAAGCAGAGGCUUGAUGUUGGAGACUGUUCUUUCUUUCCAUUCUCAAAGGAAUCUGCGGCCUUAAAUAUUCCAUUCGGGUCUUCUGAAAGGACGUAACCGCCCGUAACAGAGAAUUAAAAAUAUCCAAGUAUGGGUGCUUGCUGGAACAGGAGUCAUCUGCCAUCAUAGUAGCGCUGACAAAAAUCCUAAACUUGAUCCGGGCUGCGGGAGAAUUGAUUGAGAGCGAAUCGGC